AUGGGCCAAGAAUUUCGAUAUCCCUGUACAAUCGAAAUCUGGAAAUUGCUAUGGUUUAUAGGAGUGGCAGUCGCUGUGGUUUUAACAUUCCAACAUUUUGAAUUGCCUUAUGGCAAUAUUAUAUCAUCUUUGUCUUCUGCUCAGAAGGAUCUAGGAGCGGGAAAUAGCAGCUUGUUAACUCAUGUUGCCUCAUUAACACCAGAGAUGGUUAAUAACGUGACUCAAUUAAAUGGUUUGAAUGCCACUGGUCUCUUCCCUGAGGGUGCUCAAGAGACUGAUAACAAUCAUGUAACAGAAACCCCUGUGAAUGUAAAUACUGAUUUUGUAUUAGAAGGAAGGAGAGGCUUGAAUGAUUCUUCUAUAAUAGACAGCCGUGAAAAGGAGUCUUCACCAGAGAAGUUGGUGGACGCAAAUACAAACUCCACCUCAUAUGUAAAUAAUGAUGUUGUAUCAGAAGGCAUUAGUGGCUUGAACAAGUCCUCUGGAAUAGACAACCACAGAAAGGAGUCUAAACCUGAACAGUUGGUAGAUCGAAAUGAAAAUUCCACACUGGAACCUGUCAACAGUUUGGGUAAUGGAUCUGCUCCACAAGAAACUGAAAGAAGCCUUUCUCCUAGCAUUAUAGCUCCUGUUGUUCCUGUUGAGUCUAAUACAUCUAUGAUGGAUAAAGAUGCAGCACCCAGUUUAGACAAUGAUGGGAAAAGAGGAGAACAGCAGAAUAAUCCUAGUCUAUUGCACAAUAACUCUUCUGUGACUUCAGUUCCAGAAGUGAAGAAAGAACCUCAGAUGCAAUCCUCGGCAGUGGUUUCAAUUUCAGAGAUGAACAAUUUGCAGCUUCAAAGAUGGUCUUCUCCCAAUUUGAGAAGACCACAACGGCCUUCAGCAGUUGACCAAGGGCUGCUAAAUGCAAAAUUACAGAUUCAGAAUGCACCUAUUGUAAAGAAUGAUCCUGUGCUUUAUGCUCCUCUCUUUUGGAAUGUCUCGAGGUUCAAAAAGAGCUAUGAAUUAAUGGAGGACCUCCUGAAAGUAUACAUUUACAAGGAAGGAGAAAGGCCUAUAUUACAUCAGGGCCCACUCAAGGGGAUAUAUGCUUCUGAGGGAUGUUCUCGAAACUUAGAGACAAACUUGUAUGUUCCUGAUUCUCACAGUCAUAGGAACCUCAUAGGAUAUCUGAAGAAGUACUUGGAUAUGAUCUCUGCGAAAUAUCCUUUUUGGAACAGAACUCGAGGUGCAGAUCAUUUUCUUGUUGCUUGUCAUGACUGGGCGCCAUCUGAAACAAGACAGUAUAUGGCCAAUUGCAUCAGAGCCCUUUGCAAUGCUGAUGCUAAACAAGAUUUCGUGUUUGGCAAAGAUGCAUCUCUUCCUGAGACAUAUGUGCGAACACCUCAAAACCCUCUUAGAGAUCUUGGAGGCAAACCUGCUUCCAAGAGAUCAAUCUUGGCUUUCUUUGCAGGUAGCAUGCAUGGCUAUCUACGGCCAAUUCUGUUACAGCACUGGGAAAACAAAGAUCCUGACAUGAAAAUAUUUGGUAAACUGCCUAAGGUCAAGAGCAGAGGCAAAAUGAACUACAUUCAGUACAUGAAAAGCAGCAAGUACUGUAUCUGCGCAAAAGGUUACGAAGUCAAUAGUCCACGAGUCGUAGAGGCCAUUUUCUAUGAGUGUGUUCCAGUGAUUAUAUCUGACAAUUUUGUCCCUCCAUUUUUGGAGGUUUUGAAUUGGGAAUCCUUUGCUCUUUUUGUCUUGGAGAAGGACAUUCCAAACUUGAAGAACAUACUCCUUUCAAUCCCUCAGAAGAGGUAUCGCCAGAUGCAGAUGAGGGUAAAAAAGGUACAACAGCAUUUUCUUUGGCAUCCUAGACCUGUGAAGUAUGAUAUGUUUCAUAUGAUACUGCACUCGGUCUGGUACAAUAGAGUUUUCCAAAUGCAGCCAAGAUAA